AGCCUUUUGUGGAGUUCAUCGAUCUCGAGUUUCUACUAGAAGUUGAGAAAAAUAUUUUUAACGUCUGCACCUCUCACCAUCGUUCAAAAAAAGCACGGAGGAGCAAAUACAAAGCAAAGUUUCGUCCAUUCAUACCAAAAACAGUAAAAUCACAGCCGAUGAUGACUUCCCGUGUAAAUGCAACAACAACCUAGAGUUCACUCUAGGCUAUAUAUGACGCCAUAAAAUGACUAGAAUGGCAUCACUUGCAUUUGUGGUCUAAAUACAAUACUGAGAAAGGGAAACAUGGAUCGGCGGAUAAACACGGAAUUUAGGACAGAAGACGGGCGUGAAAAUUUUCUUUUUUAUGCCUCCGGCCUGACAACAUCAUAUGAUGGGAGAAAAACAAAACGAAAGCCAAUGCAGCUCUUGCUGAAUUCUUUCCCAAUUUGCAAAGGUUCUGGUAAAUUUCCCCAUGGAACGACUGAGAUUCCUUUUGUAUUCAAUCUUCAGGGAGGUCAGACAAGAGUAUUGCAUGAGACAUAUCAUGGUGUCUUCAUUAAUAUCCAAUACUUUAUGAAAGUGGACAUGAAGCGUGGAUUGUUGGCCAAGGAUCUUGAUAAAUCAUGUGAAUUUAUUGUUGAAUCUUUGGCCAGAAGUGCUGAAAAAGCCAUACUAAAACCUAUUGACUUUGUGAUAGUUCCAGAAUCUGUGCAAAAGUUAAAAAGGAAAUAUAAUGUUCCUAAUUUUAAAAUAACUGGGAAACUAGACUCAUUAGUUUGCAGUAUUUCUAACCCUUUCACAGGAGAGAUAACUAUUGAAUCCUGCGAUGAGAAAAUUAAAUCCAUAGAAAUUCAGCUAGUCAGAGUAGAGACGUGUGGCUGUGCAGAUGGUUAUUCAAAAGAUGCCACCGAGAUACAAAACAUUCAAAUUGGUGACGGCGAUGUCGUUCGGAAAGUGCCGAUACCUAUUUACAUGGUUUUCCCUCGUCUCUUUACUUGCCCCACAUUGAGCACUGCUAACUUUAAACUCGAAUUCGAAGUCAACAUUUCGGUUGUGUUUGAAGACAACCAUCUCGUUUCCGAAAACUUCCCAAUAUACAUCACUCGGUUUUGAACAAAGUAUGUAAUCAUAUACCAAGUUGGAAGAAAAAGCGCAGAAAAGCUGUCGUGCCUCAUCAUUCCUUUCUUUUGCGUCGUUCGCGUUGAUGCCUCACAAGUAUAUAUGUUUUUAUCAUUCUCUCCAAAAGAAGUUAAUAUGAAUAUUAAAACAAGAAAAGAAAGACAUUGACGGAUA